UCAUGACAUACUUUUAGCAUGGCAUGCAUAAAUGCAGUCGGUUGCAUAUCAAAUACACUGGGUCAACCUAACCCACCGUACUACUACAUCUAAACAUUUUUCAAGAAAAUGGGUGUGUCACUUUGAGGGUAUAGGUAGGUAGCAAUGGAUCAAGAAAACCCAACAAAUCUUCUUCAAGUCCCUCUUAUUGUUCAAAAAUCUAGAGAAAGAAGAUGGGUUGAGAUCAAAUCUAGCAUUAGUUCAUCAGAGCCAAUAGUUGAACUGAAACAACAGUUGAAGUUAGCUGGACCUCUUUGUUUGGUUAGUUUUUUGCAGUACAGUUUGGAGAUCAUUUCUGUCAUGUUCGUUGGUCGUCUUGGGGAGCUUUCGCUUUCUGUUGCUUCCAUGGCGACCUCUUUUGCUUCUGUCACUGGCUUUAGCUUCAUGCUUGGAAUGGGAAGUGCACUAGAAACAUUAUGUGGACAAGCUUAUGGUGCAGAACAAUAUCACAUGUUAGGCAUACACACACAAAGAGCAAUGCUUGUACUCAUGCUCAUGGCUAUUCCUACAUCCAUCAUAUGGACCUUCACGGGCACUAUCUUUACUUGGUUCGGUCAAGAUUUGGAAAUCUCAACUUUAGCCGGAUCAUACACCCGUUGGCUCAUUCCGAGUAUUUUCCCUUACGGAAUUCUCCAGUGUCAGUUCAGAUUCCUACAAACUCAAAGUAAAACAAAAGUGUUGAUGAUAAGCACCGGGUUCACGAGCUUUGUUCACAUUCUUGUUUGCUGGAUUUUCGUUUGUAAGAUCGGGUUAGGGUGUCAAGGGGCUGCACUUUCGUGUGCUGUUUCAUAUUGGACCAACGUGUUGGUUUUAUCGGUUUAUAUCAAGUUUUCAUCCGAUUUUGAGAAAACAUGGACGGGUUUUUGUAAAGAAGGGAUCACAAAUCUUGGCGAGUUUUUUGUGUUGAGCAUACCAUCUGCACUUAUGGUCUGCUUGGAGUAUUGGUCUUACGAGUUCCUUGUUUUCAUGUCCGGUCUUCUUCCAAAUCCAAAACUUGAAACCUCAAUGAUGUCUGUCAGUCUUACUACAAGUUCGGUGAUCUUCAGAAUCCCUUAUGGUUUUGGGAGUGCGGUAAGCACAAGAGUUUCAAAUGAGCUAGGAGCAGGGAAACCACGGGCUGCACGGCUUGCAGCGCGAGUUAUGAUGUUUCUAGCUGUAACAGAAGGUGUUUUAGUAAGCCUGUUUUUGAUAUCUGUUCGACAUAUUUGGGGAUAUUUGUUCACAAAUGAAGAAGAAGUUGUGAGUUAUAUGUCUAAUGUCAUGCCGGUUCUUGCAUUAUCCAACUUCAUGGAUGGAAUUCAAGGUGUUCUAUCAGGUACUGCGAGAGGAUGUGGGUGGCAAAAGAUUGGUGCAGCUGUAAAUCUUGGAGCUUAUUACAUCAUUGGUCUUCCUUGUUCAGCCAUCUUGACUUUUGUGUUCCAUUAUGGAGGAAUGGGACUCUGGAUGGGGAUCAUAAGUGGAAGUGGGCUUCAAGCGAUACUUCUUUUGGUUAUUACUAUGCGCACGAACUGGGAGCAACAAGCUAUAAAUGCAAGAAACAGGGUGUUUGGCACAAGUUUACCUAAGUGAUGGAUGCUUGUUUGGGCGGGUUUUGUAGCCAAUGUGAUUAUGUCUAUGGUUAUGCUGAUAUUCCUUCUUGAAGUGGAACAGAAGUUAGUGAUGAAAAAUGUAAAAAAGUUUGAUCAAAGUAACCAUGUUCUGUUAUUUAUGUGUGUUAGUUUAUAUAUCUUACCACUUACUACCCA